AUGUCGGGGCAGAGUCCGAGUAUGGAUCAAUUUGAGGCCUAUUUCCAGAGAGCUGAUAUGGAUCGGGAUGGUCGGAUCAGUGGCAACGAGGCUGUUGCGUUUUUUAGAGGGACCAAUUUACCCACACCAGUCCUUGCUCAGAUAUGGACAUAUGCUGAUCAAAAUCGAAGUGGUUUCCUUGGUCGUCCCGAAUUUUAUAAUGCUCUUAAACUUGUUACAGUGGCACAAAGUAAGCGAGAGUUGACUGCUGAUUUAGUGAAGGCUGCUUUGUAUGGUCCGGCUUCAGCUAAAAUCCCUGCUCCUCAGAUUAAUUUUGCAGCUACACCAGGCUCUCAGUCAAAUAUUAAUGCAGGCGCAUCCACCACACCAUUGAGUGGUAAUCCAGUCGCUAAUCAAAGUACUGGUGCAAGUGGCCCACUUGGUUUUCCAUCUCAGCAAACUCAACAGGUAAGGCCACCUCGGCCUCCGCUUCCUAGCUCUGGAUUCCAGCCUCAUCAAGGUGUUGCAAGCCAAGGAAUGCCUGGAGUAGGUGCUAUGAACGUUCCUCAAGGCCCUAAUUCCUCUGUUUGGGUUGGUGGGAGGACUGAUGGUUCCCAAACAGGGUUCACUUCUCAAAAUUUCAAUCAGAGCUCCAGCCCAUCUACAACUCAAGGUGGCUUUGGCACGGGUAUGUCAUCGUCUUCACCUGUUACACAAUCUAUCCCACAGAAGACUACUGGGUUGAUGCAACAUACUUCAUCCAAACCGCAAAAUACUGUUCCCCUGGGUACCCAGAUUGGAGUGGAAGACUCCAAAGCACUUUCAGUUACAGGAAAUGGCUUUGCAUCAGACUCAGUAUUUGGAGAUGUUUUCUCAGUGACAUCAUCUCAACCAAAGCAAAAUUCCACAAUACCUUCAUCUCCUGCCAGCAGCUUACCUGCUUCAUCAUCCACAGCACAUAUUUCUGCAGGAAGUCAGCUUACAGUCAAUUCAAGUACUCCUGCUCAGCAACCUCCAUACAAUCAAACUCAGCAAUUUCCAUCCACAUUAAAAGCAAACCAACAUGCUUCAGCGCAAACUUCAUCUACAUUUUCUGUUGCAUCUGGAAAUUCUAUUCCUGGCCAAUCUCACCCUCCAUGGCCAAGAAUGUCCCAGGCUGAUGUUCAGAAGUACAGCAAGGUAUUUAUGCAGGUUGACACGGACAGAGAUGGAAAAAUCACUGGUGAACAGGCAAAGGACUUGUUCUUGAGUUGGAGGCUACCGCGAGAGAUCUUAAAGAAGGUCUGGGACUUAUCCGAUCAAGACAAUGACAGCAAGCUUUCUUUGAGGGAAUUCUGCAUUGCUCUCUAUCUUAUGGAGAGAUAUAGGGAAGGCCGCCCUCUCCCUACAGUGUUUCCAAGUGGUGUUAUGUUUGACGAGACAUUGUUGCCUGCCUCCGGUCAACCUAACACUGCAUAUGGAAAUACAGCUUGGAGACCUGCUGGCUUCCAACAAGCUCAAGGGACUAGGAGUGCACGGCCAGCCACUUCUGUUGGUGUAGGAAAGCCACCUCGUCCAGUUAGUCGUGAUGAUAAUAUGCAGCCCAGCCAACAAAAACCCAAAGUUCCAGUUCUGGAGAAGCAUCUUGUAGAUCAACUUAGCACAGAUGAGCAGGAUUCCCUGAACACUAAGUUUCAGGAGGCGAAGGAUGCUGAGAAAAAGGUAUUAGAACUGGAAAAGGAGAUUUUAGAGGCUAAAGAGAAAAUUCAGUUUUACCACUCAAAGAUGCAAGAACUUAUUCUAUACAAAAGCCGGUGUGAUAAUCGGCUAAAUGAGAUUACUGAAAGAGUUUCCGGUGACAAAAGAGAGGCUGACUCAUUGGCAAAGAAAUAUGAAGAGAAGUACAAACAGGUUGGAGAUGUAGCAUCUAAAUUAACCAUUGAAGAGUCCACGUUUCGUGAUAUUCAGGAGAAAAAAAUGGAACUAUAUCGGGCAAUUGUCAAGUUGGAACAAGGCAAUGCUGAUGGUAUUCAGGAUCGUGCUAAUCAAAUCCAGUUAGAUCUUGAGAAGCUGGUAAAAGCCUUAAAUGAACGUUGCAAAACUUAUGGAUUACGUGGAAAACCAACUUCAUUGGUCGAGCUUCCAUUUGGUUGGCAACCUGGUAUACAACAAGGAGCAGCUGAUUGGGAUGAAGUUUGGGACAAGUUUGAAGAUGAAGGAUUCACAUUUGUCAAAGAGCUUACUCUUGAGGUUCAAAAUGUCAUUGCCCCUCCCAAAGCUAAGUCUUCAUUGCUUAGAGAGACAACAAAUACUGCCUUAGAUGACAGUGGUGGUGUAAAAUCACCCUCUAAUGCUGAUGAGAAAUCAGAGGUGGUUAGUGUUGGGGACAAGACACCUAAGGCAGAGGGGACAAAUACACACAACUUAGAGGAAACUGCAAGAAGUCCACCAGACAGUCCUGCAGGAAGUAAUGCAGUCAAGAGCCCAUCAAAGGAAUUCCAAGUUCCUCAGACUAGAAAGGACAUUAACGUAAAUGGUUCAACCCAUGCGUUCGAGACCCAGAGUGAAUAUGGAGGUGCUGAAUCUGUACUUUCUGGGGACAAAGGUUAUGAUGAACCUGGAUGGGGUUCCUAUGAUAUGCAUUAUGAUAUGGAUGCGACGUGGGAUUUCAAUCCUCUCUCUACCAAGGACUCAGACGGUAAGAGGCAUAGUGGAAGUUCUUUAUUUGGUUCUGAUAACUGGGAUCUACCGCCAAUUAAAACUGGGACGACAGCCACAGAUUCAAUGUUCCCAAAACAGGGCCCUGUUUUUGAUUCUGUCCCAAGUACCCCCAUUACAAAUUUUGCCAGCUCUCCACACAUAGAUAACAUGUUUCCAAAGCAGGGUCCUCUUUUUGAUUCUGUUCCAAGCACCCCAAUUUCGAAUUUUGCCAGCUCUCCGCACAUUGAUAACAUUUUCCAGAGGAAGAGCCCAUUUGCUUUUGCAGAUUCUGUCCCAAGUACCCCAAUGUUGAAUUCUAGCAACUCUCCAAGAAGUUUCAGUGAAGGUUUAGAAGAUCAUUCAUUUGACAGCCUCUCCAGAUUUGAUUCCUUCAACAUGCAUGACAGUGGCCCUUUUGCAUCACGGGAAACCUUUUCAAGAUUUGAUUCCAUGCGAAGCACAAGAGAUUCCGAAUUUGAUCAGGGGUACUUUGGUACACAAGAGUCACUUGCAAGAUUUGACUCAUUCCGUAGCACAGCGGACUCUGAGUAUGGACUCUUCCCGCCACGCGAUUCAUUUACCAGAUUUGAUUCCAUGAGCAGUACCAGAGACUCUGAGCAUGGCCGUGGUUUCACAUCCUUUGACGAUUCAGAUCCAUUUGGAUCAAACGAUCCAUUUAAGACAUCACAUGAGGCUCAGACUCCAAGGAGAGAUUCAGACAGUUGGAAAGCGUUCUAG